UUUCUUUCCUGGUGCAUUUCGUUCUAUGGAUCUGAUGUCUCUUUUCCAACACCUACUGCUGGAUUUUUCAAUACAUUAGGAAAAGCUUCCUCAGUGUGUGCACUUCACCCCCAAUUGGACUCCUUGGAAACAUCUUACCACAGACUCAUUGGCAAUGAACCAGUCAAGCAGUGUCCUGAAGACAUGCUUCUACUCCAGCAAACUUUUCCACUCCUGUUUGACAUAGUUAGCAUUGUGGAGGAAGAUCAGCUUCCUGAGGCCUUGACUGCAUUUAUUAUUGACCUGUUGGAAAAAGUAAAGUCUCUGUUUGGCAGAAAUGGAUCAAUACCAGAUGCUGUGCAACUGGAUGUACACCGCACGAGUGAUGUAGAAUACUAUCCUUGCCUGCCUGUGGUAAGAAGUCGUGGUGACUAUUGUCUGGAUGACACAACUCCAAACAUCUGCACAAAGAGGAGUACUCGACAACCAUCCUUACUUCCUGGAGUUUUCUUAGUGCACUGUAAACAAGGUACAAUAAUAUUAUGAGUUUGUAUUAACAUUUGUAUUAAUUUCUACGAUGAACAACAUUACUUCUGAUAUAAAAAAUGUAAAUUUGAGUUCACUCUGACCCCCAACUAGCUUUAGUUACUCUUUGUAUAUUCCAGAUUAUCCUAACAAGCUCCGGGUUUAUGCUCUGCCUGUGGUUUUAGUUAUCAGGUUUAGGUUUUUCUCAACAAACGUCAUUUUCUUGAAAGACAAAAACUGUUUAUAAUGCUUAGUUUUGAAAAGGAUUACAUCUGCAGCUGUCAAGUCAAAGAAUGGCACAAAUUAACUGACUAGCCUGUUUUUUUUUUGUUUUGUUUUUUUUACUGUUUACUGACUAAAUCAAAGUUUUUCUUGCAAUUUAUUGGCUAAAUAGCACAACGACUUGUAUAAAUAAAGGUUGUUGAUUUCUAUUGACUAGUGAUGUACCCCAGUUACACCCUCUCUUCAGCCUUCAUUACAUGUUCUUUCACAACAUGCUUUCAGGCACUCAAUGUACGCAGUGUUGUUGUGAUUGUGUAAAAUGGUUUUAUAUCCUCUCUUUUGAUUUCCAUUUUAGGUAUAACUUAUGGAUUUAAUGUAAUGCUUUGCAGCGAAUCUCCUAACAUCCCAUUUACAGUGUUUCGAAUGCGUUUCUCACGAGGUAAGCUCGAUUUAAUGUGAAUGUGUAUGUUGUGGCCUUUGAUUGGAUGACGUCGUGCGUUGAAGAAAAUUUCUUUUUAUUACCUGGGGUCGGUUUAAAGGACGAAUAACGCCUUCCACUGGAAAAAUCACCAUCCAGUGGAUAGCGUUGUAUGUUAUCACAACACUUAAAGGCGAAUGGUGAUUCAUUCUGUAGAUAGCGUUAUCCACCCGUUGAACAACCAGGGCCUGGUUUUUUUGGAGUUUUUUUCUCUUGAUUUCCUCUAUCAAAGUGAUUUUAUAUUAAACGAGUUAUAAUAAAAGUAGGUUCAUUACAAUUUUUCUGCCUUUUUUUUUUGACAGAUGCCCGCCUGGUUAUCUACGACAACUCUUGUAAUUUGCAUUCGUAUUGUUUAAAUCGGGAUCCUGUCUUUUUCAAGAACUCUCAGUUCCUUGUGGAUCGAUUGCAUUGGCGGGAUCAUACAGGUACGUAAAUCACCCCAAAACUGGCUUUUUCGGUUUGGCCAUCUUUAAUCUUCGGUGUUCAUUUAGCUAUGCUCUCGGGUCUAUCCCCUCUUACUAAACUAAUGGCACAUUACACACAUUUAUUGAAGCACAUUCGACGUAAUAUGUUAAUCUUAACUUUGUCAGUACCAAUGCAAAGCAUUCGAACAUGUUUUUUUUCUUUUUCAGGUUGCUCUGAGGCUUACAACCUCUCCCGUUACCCUCAGUGGGACACCUUAAACAGUCAGGCUGCAGAACAAGCCUAUUCAAGCUUGAAGUCUUUCAAAGGAUUCUUUUCAUACAUAAACGAAAAGAACUUCAUGACUCAUUGUAUAUUUUUCAUUUGGUAUCGAAAUUCGCUACGGCGUAAGCAGCUCGAGAUCCAAGGUAUAGCAAUGUAA